AUGGAGAAGAUCGUGGACGCUGUCAACACACUCGUUGAGCUGCAAGCUGGACAAACAUCGACCAGAUUGCAUGGGCCUUCAACGUCGCUGCUCGGGAGCUCUUCCAAUUCGCCCCAAGGAGGAGGUGAUCGCGAGAGUACUGUACAGGGUAGCGUCUCGGGGUUUGAUCCUUUCCAACGACCAGAUCCCCCAGCCGAACUGCUCCAGACGUUAGUCAAGGUGUACAUUGGUAGAAUCGCAGACCAACCUCUGCCUUUGUUCGACAUCAAAAGACUGCCACUUAGCUCUCAAAAAUUCUCAAGAGGACUUCUCAGGAGCUUUCUUGCCUUGACAGUUAGGUAUUCGGACAGUGAUUUUUACGGCGGCGCCCGUUCUCGCGCCGUGGAGUUCUACAAGACCUCUGCGUCCGAGAUAUUAUUUGCCCAGGCUUCAGAGCCAAGUGGCGACCUGGAAACUCUGCAGGCCUUUUGUCUGCUAUGUCUCAGCGAGAUUGCAGACGGGAAAACGACGAGGGCUUGGAUGGCGCUGGGCGUGGCUGUGCGGAUGGCUGUCUGCUCAAACAUAAUGUCCAAUACAACCAAAAACGUCACCCCAAAUACCGACUUAUCUAGAUGUUGCUGGAGCUUGUUCAUUCUUGACAGAAUGCACGGGAGUAGCUUCCGGAGUCUACCAGCCAUUUCUACCGAAGAGAUCAUGCCUGAAAUGCCCCCGGCCGCCAAGCUGCCUUUGUCAACCUUGGGAAAUCGGUCAGCGGAGUUUGAGGUUGUGGAGGAGAAAGAUGCCGGAAUCAACUCCUACGUUCUACAGCUGUUGUCCAUCUGGGGCCGCUUGAUGUCUUACUUGAAGACCAUCAAACAGGGCAAUCUUGAAGAGGCGUGGACUGCCAACUCCGUCUAUCAACAGAUCAAGUCAGAAAUGUCUCGAUUUGAGACCGUUCUUCCAGAAGUCCAUCGAUUCAAGAAUACUCGUUUUCACGACAGAACGCUUUCAGAGCUGGAAGAGCAGCGUGGAUAUUGGGCGCCCUGGAUUUUAACACAGUGCAUCUAUCAUACAAUACACUGUACGUUGAAUCACCCUUUCCUUCACAUUGCCAGGAUUCCUGGUCGGCCAAGACUCCGCUCUCCGUCAUUCCUCCAACAUGCAACCGACCAAGCUGUGCUGCACUCGGCUUGGGUCGUCCUUGUCCUCCGAUCGUGCGACGAAAAGAACUUCAUCAUCUUCGAUCCAUUUGUUGGACACUUGGCUUCGAUGAUCGCGACUGCGCAGUUCUUCCUGCAAUUCUCCAAGGACGAGUCGUUGGCAAGCAAGGCCGCCAGAGACUUCGAAAUGCUAAGAAGCUAUGUGGAGAAAAUGGCGAACACCCACAGUCACCUGCUGCACACUGUAUCGAAGCUCGCUAGGCUUGCACAGUUCGCUACAUCACAGGUUGACGCGGGUUCGAAUAGUCCACCAAAGGUCGAGACGGCACUGUUGUGGGAUCUCCUCGACUAUGCCGUGUCCUCAUCGCCUGUAGUUGACGGCGGCGACUCAUCUGACAAUGUGGAGUUGAAUGUGAAUACUCAAUUUCUAUCUCCAAUAAACCCAGACGUGCCAUUGCCGCGGACAGCCUUACAGAACUCGCAAGAGCUCAGCUUGUCUGGCCCGAAUAUGUGGAGUGACGCGACUUUCGAGUUUGACAUGGCCGAUAUCGCGAAUCUAACUGAUAUGUCUGCGUUGAUGAUGCAAAACGACCCUUGGACCGGUGGCCAUCUGUGA